AUGACUUCGUCCCAAGCCGGCCAAAGCGGCCAGGCGCCCGAGCUACCGAUGCCCAUCCCGACGACACCACCGCCAAAGUCCAAGCCCGUCACGCCAAUGCCUGCGACUGCUGCGCCAGCGACACCCACCGCCGCCGCGACGACAACGACCACUCCACCACCGCCUCUACCGAGCGAUCAACCGUCGGCAACCGUACCCGCUGGUUCAUUCGCGGCGUCCGACAUGGCUUCUGCCGACGUCUCGGUGCCCACGGCUGGCCAUCCCAUGGACAGCCUUGUCGAGGGGGUCACCUCCGAAUCCCUCGACACCGAUAUGCCUGAUGCCCAGCCAUCACUGGACCAGCAACAGACGCAACAACAGAACAACCAAGGCCUCCAGAACAAUCGCCAUCGAUCACAAUCUCACACCCGUUCCUCCAACCUCAACCCCUUCGAUGUCCCCUUCCCGCGCACGCCCAUCUCCGCCCUUGAUGCCAACGCGUACAUGGCCAUGGCCCUCGCGCAAAUGGCCGGCGAUUCAAUGAUGCAGCAUCAGAUGGCCCAGCCACCCUCGACAGUCACCCCGGCUCAGGUCACACUCCCCAGCAAUCUCACCAACGGCGCCGACGGCGUGACCGCCAGGGCUAGUAACCUGCCGGAUGCCGGCGAAGGCCUCGAAUCCUUCGCACGAAUAGAAUUCGCCGACAGUGUCUUCCAGAUGACGACUUAUGCUGUCAUAAUCGGACGCGACCAACGUGCCCUCGAGCAAGCCAGGAGAGAUGAGCGGCGCGCCGAAGAACACAGGCGGAGGGCGGCGGAGAACGAACGGCUAGGCCUGCCUCCACCAUCACCCGUAAGGCAUGACAGAGGCAAAUUCAGCAAAUCCUAUGUCAGUGAGGAAGGUGGUAUGCUGGGACCUGAGUCCGAUAGUGAUGAGACUGGUCGGCCCAAGAAACGACGAAAGACCAGCACCAAUGACGAGCCGGAGCACCAAGAGGCGGAUCAAUCGCAGGAGAACUUGAUUUCAAAUCGCCAGUACAUCUCGCAUACUCCUGGUGCUGCUGCUGUCGACCUUGCAUCAUUACGACCGUCCCCCUACCACGUGCCCAUCAUUGGCAUUCACUCUCCAGGUCCCGACAUCGCCAGCAAAACAAAGGCAAUCUCUAGGGAGCAUGUUCGCAUCCAGUUCAAUCAGAAAGAAAGUGUUUUUGAAGCCAUACCGCUACACAAGAACGGCUUCUUCGUCGGAGACGUCUUGCACAAAGAAGGCACGGUCGUCCUCCGAAGCGGCGAUACUCUCCAGAUCAAAGACGUUGACUUUCGCUUCCUUAUCAACGGCGUUCCUGAGGGCAAGACCGGCGCGGAAGAAGAGGUCGAAGAGGAACGCAUGAAGAAGAAGCGAUACUCUGAAGGCGGCAAAGAGAUGAGCUUUGAGUUCGAGGCAUCGCAUGGAAACGGCCAGCUGCAAGACACAAGUGACUCGUCAUCCGUCCUCAGCCCUCCCGCACCAUCCGAUGACGAGGAUUCUGAGGCCGAGGCGGGCGAUGCAAGACCGCCCAAAGCCGCGGUCGACACGACAGCUGAGGCUGAUUUGGAGGCGAUGGAUGCCGAUGCAGACGCAGAUGCAGAUGCCGAUAUGGACGCCCCUGCUGAGCCGGAACAUGUACAAGUGAAGGGCGAGCUCGGGAUGGACCCUCAGCCGGAGAUGUUGCUCCCACCGAUACCAAAGAAGCGCGGUCCUGGCCGUCCGCCAAAGAAUGGCAUCAUGUCUAAGAGAGAACAGCGACUUCUCAAGAAGCAGGCACAGGAGAUGGCAAGAAAGACGCUACCACAGCCUCCGCCUGGCGAGCCACCGAUCAAGCGAAAGGUCGGGAGACCUAGGAAGCAUCCUUUGCCUGAAGAUGGCGGCGACCGUCCUGAGAAGCGCAAGUACAAGCCAAGGAAACCCAAAGAAGAAGGAGGGGAAGGGUCCGAUGCCGAGAGACGUGCCAAGGAAAAGAAGGACAAGAAAGUGCGGCCCAAGUCACCCCCCCUUGAGCUCAAGAUUGAGGAUUACACAGAGGAACAGCUGCAGAAGCCCAACAAGAAUUACGGCGUUCUCAUCGACGAGACGUUGACAGCUGCCCACGCCGAGGGCCGUGCCGAGGGUCUUACGCUGAAGCAGAUCUAUAAGCGCAUUACGCUCAAAUAUCCCUGGUUCUACUUCCAUACCGAAACCAAGGGCUGGGAGUCCAGCGUGCGACACAACCUAAUUGGGAACGAGGCUUUCAAGAAAGACGAUACGACAGGCCUCUGGUCAAGAGUUCCAGGGGUCGAGCUUGAUGCCGGCAAGAAGCGUAAGGCUACCUCGCCCGACCGCACCCUCGCGCCCGGCUACGGGCCGUACGCGCACCCAAUGUACCCACCAUAUACAGCGACAGCUCCUCAUAUGGCGCCGGCAGCGCCUGGAGCACCAACAUAUCAGCAUCAACCCCAAGCCUAUCACCCUCAAACUUACAAUGCCCAACAACCACAACCCGCCAGGCCUCCCCAGUAUUCCCCGCCAGGAUCUGUGCCGGUAGCCAGCCAAGCACCCCAGCCCGUUCCAGCACAGCCAGUCGCGCCAGCACAACUCCCUGGCUACGGCCCUGCUCCCGCCGGGGUUGCCCAAACCUCAACGUACAGCUCGCCGUACGCAUCAAGACCUCCGCCGGCCAACCCAGCAGUCAAGACCGAAGACGGCACCGCUCAGGUGCAUGGCCCUCCGGCAGCACAGGCGCCAGCGCUGGCGCUUCCCGGAGUCCCGAUUCAACCACAACCUGCUACCAACCCGCAAGCCGCGUCUACAGCGCAGCGAGUAACUCAGACACCACCGCUACAAAGCCAGCAGCGGCACGUCAUCGAGCCUAGGCUCUUCCGCUCCGUCUUAGGCCUCAAGAAUGGCUUGGUCGAGAACAUGAAAAAGGCAAAGAGCCCAAAGGGCGAGGCUAUUGUCAUGUCGGCACUCAACCGUUGUCUGGGUCUGAAAGCAGCAGCAACGGAAAACCCCGCGCUGGAAGACAUUUGUAUGCGAGGCAUACAGAAGGUCUUAGACGGCUACUCUGGUCAGAGCAAGAGUCCCACGCCUGGGGAACCCGCUACGGCCAAGGCAAACGGACCAGGUUCGGUGUUUGACCCCAAGGUCUUUGCCGCUCUCGUGGGCUUCAAGAAUGUCUCAACCAAUGCGCUCAAGGCAACCGUGGGCGAGAGUGUCGCCGAAGCCGUCGCGCUGUCGGCAAUUGACCGGGUCCUUGGCCUAGCGGAAGCCAGUAUUGUGCCACCCAAGGCACCUCCCCGUGAUGGCAGCCCGCCAGAGGCUAGCAAGCAGUCUAGCUAUGAGGUGAUCGAGACUCGUUUGAUGGCGAACGUGCGGCAGAUGCUGCUUGGUCUGAACCAGAAGUUACAUGGAGCAUGA